CCUUCUAAAAUGCCUGCUGGGGUUCUUGCUGUUUGUUUCUUCUGCCUUCUCACCUUGUCUUCGGCCUGCUACAUCCAGAACUGCCCCCGAGGAGGAAAGAGAGCCCUGCCUGAUGCAGAAAUCCGACAGUGUAUCCCUUGUGGUCCUGGAAACAAAGGAAACUGCUUUGGCCCCAGCAUAUGUUGUGGAGAAGAGCUGGGAUGCUAUUUUGGUACUGCUGAGACCCUGCGUUGCCUGGAGGAGAAUUUUCUCCCUUCUCCUUGCGAGGCUGGUGGGAAGCCCUGCAGUGCGGGUGGACGAUGUGCUACCUCUGGCAUUUGCUGCAAUGACGAAAGCUGCGUCUCUGAUGCCGCCUGUGGCGAUGAGAAUGGCGACAGGGGCCGACCGUCCUCGGAAAGGAAUCUGACUGUCCUGGAUGGCUCAGCCGGAGACCUCCUCCUCAGACUGAUGCACCUGGCCAACAGGCGGCAACAGGGGAAGCAGCCGUUCUAUUAAGGCACCGGAGAGACGGAGCUCCCUUUGCGUAAUGGCCUUAGGACCAGAAGCG